AAAAGGAUAUCUUUUCGACUCUGUCGCGAAGCUGCUCGUAAAGCACCUUCUUCCUUUUCAUGUGGGUACCCUUGUGAACUGUAUUUCUGUCUCCCCUCUCUACAACCCCCUCUUCAUAGCAUGAGUCUCCAGUGCCUUCAAAAAUGGUCGGAUGCGAUGUUGAAUGAUCAAACCAGCUUUCUGCAACUUGUGAAACUAAUUAUAUCUGUGGAUGUUCAAACCUGCUUUUCCGUCUCCCCUCCUCCUUCCCUGGGUGGUGGUGUGGUGGCCUUCACCGUCUCUCUGGUCGAAUCGCACUAAAAUCCCUCUUUAGUAUCAUACUGCUUGCUUCCCGAGGGCUAAUUGUUGCAUUUCAGCUCAAGAUGUUGUAUCAAGGUUUUGCCCUCCGAGGUUUUGUGUGGCUUAUUUUUUUGGUUUUCCACGUUGACCUCAAUUCCGUUUGUGGUGCUAAGUUUGAUUUCCCUGUCGUCGGCGCUGGUCCUCAGAUUGGUGCAUUGGACUGUAAAACUGGUGCACUGUUGGACAAACUUGGACCACGUUCUUAGAACGCAGAUUGUUCUCGCGGUAGAGAUAGAGGGGUGGGAAUCAUGUCGCGUCGGUCUUCUUCAUGAUCAGGGUAAUGUGUUUGUGAAGGUUUCUGUCUGCGGGACCACUGCUCGCCGUCUGCUCGCACUGCCUCUGUGCCCAGCGCUAUGACGCUAUCACGGCGACAAUUCUCGUCAGUGUGUAACUAUAGUAGGCUGCAUUUAGGCUAGACACAACUAUGAGAACUAUUUUCAAUCAGUGUCGCCAGCUGUGCAAUCAACUCUCAGCGUCACCGGUAAGGGCAGCCGAACCAUCGGCGCUCAGAGUGAAAUCUCGUGAGAAGCAGAAGAUAUGGAAAAGGUAGGAGGUGGCAGCGAGGCGAUGAAAGGUCAAGCUGGUUCCCAGAACCAGACAUUCCAGACACCGGAGAAUUUGCCCAAGGACCUUUCAGAAGGAUCCGGCGGUGAAUCGAAAGCAGAUGUCGACCAGAAAAAGGUCGCACCGAAGGUGUCCUUCUUUCUGUUGUUCAAGUACGCAGAUGCAUACGACUACUUGCUCAUGGUGUUGGCAUUCAUCGGAGCCGUGGGCGAUGGAUCUUCGUUUUCUAUCAUGCUUUCCGUUGUGGGCAGCCUCAUUAACACCUUUGGCAGCAGCACCAAUGUUUCUAUGGAUGAAUUCAAUAAGAAAGUCAUCGAGGGAACUCUCGGCCUCACUUACAUUGCAUGCGGCGCAUUCGUUUGCAGCUUUCUGGAGGCUGGUUGUGCGCUGAGAACGGCCGAUCGCCAGGCGUCUAAAAUGCGAGCCAAGUAUCUGAAAGCCAUCUUGAGACAGGACGUGGGAUUCUUCGACACCUCUGGUGCUAACGUUGCAGAAGUCGUUAACAGCGUGGGGACUGACACUCUAGUCGUACAAGAUGCAGUCGGUGAAAAGAUAGGCAACUUUGUGAUGAACAUGGCCAGUUUUGUGAGCGGCUUCGUGGUGGCGUUCUACCUGGAAUGGAGGCUGGCCAUGGUGCUAGUCGCUUUUUUGCCUAUCCUCAUGAUUCCAGGGCUCUUGUAUGGCCGCGCUUUAACUGGACUUGCGCGGUCAAUGCACGCCGCCACCUUGAAAGCGGCAACCGUGGCGGAACAAAGCCUGUCAUCAAUAAGAACUGUGUACUCGUUUGUGGGAGAGCAGCGGACACUAACGCGGUACUCGCAAGAAUUAGACUUCACGGUGAAAACAGGGUUGAGGAUGGGCCUCGCCAAGGGUUUGGCCACCGGUGCCAAUGGUGUCACAUUUAUCUGCUGGGCUGUCAUGGCCUGGUAUGGCAGCCUGCUCAUCAUGCACCAAGGUCUGCAAGGGGGCACCGUUCUGGUUUGCGGACUCGCAGCGAUGAUGGGAGGGCUGGGUUUGGGGACAGCGUUGCCCAACUUGAGAUACAUUGCAGAGGCGCAGAUGGCAGCCCACAAGAUGUUCACAAUGAUAGAUCGUGUGCCUGAUAUCGAUUCGGAAGAUCUGUCGGGGCAGACGCCGGAGAAGGUCACCGGCACCCUCGAGCUGCGGAAUGUCAACUUUGCGUACCCGUCGCGCCCCAAACAGACCAUCUUCGAGGAUUUCAACUUGGUCAUCCCUGCUGGCAAAACGGUCGCCUUGGUGGGAUCUAGUGGGUCCGGAAAAUCCACUGUAAUUGCGCUACUGGAACGAUACUAUGAUCCGCUGGCAGGAAGUGUGUUGGUGGAUGGCAUCAAGAUCAAGGAUCUCCAGUUGCGGUGGCUGCGCUUGCAAAUUGGGCUCGUGAGCCAGGAACCGAGCUUGUUCGCGACGACGAUCAAAGACAACAUCGUGUUUGGGAAGGACGGCGCUUCUAUGGAGGAGAUCACUGAAGCUGCCAAGGCUGCGAAUGCGCAUACUUUCAUUUCUCAGUUGCCUAAGGGCUACGACACCAUGGUAGGCGAGAAGGGCGUGCAAAUGUCUGGGGGUCAAAAGCAGAGAAUUGCGAUCGCGCGGGCUUUGCUUAAAAAUCCUCCAAUACUGCUCCUGGACGAAGCCACCAGCGCUUUGGAUUCCGAAUCAGAGCGUGUCGUCCAGACUGCCUUAGACCAGGCAGCUGUGGGGCGAACCACCGUCGUGGUGGCUCACCGCUUGUCCACCAUUCGCAAUGCCGAUCUAAUUGCUGUCGUACACGCCGGUCGUGUCGUUGAGACUGGCUCCCAUGAGGAGUUGUUGAUGCUCGAGGGAGGAGCGUACUCUUCCUUCGUCAACAUUCAAAAUUCCCAGCCUGAGAAGGACCAUCUGCAGGUGAUUGAUUCAGACAACCUUUCGAAUGCCCCAGCAGCUGCUUUGCAGCUCAGGAAUUCAUCGAGCAAGAGGAGUUCAGGGAGUUUUCGGCGAGACCAGAGUGUGCGCCGGUCGAUGAGCGUGCGUGGCUAUUCGGAUGCAGCACAGUCGGAGGAAGCAGGAGAAAAGCUGAAAGCUCCAUCCAUUGGAAGGCUUCUGAGGCUAAACAAGCCGGAAUGGAAGCAGGCUAUCUUAGGAUCCAUCGGGGCGGCCGGAUUUGGCUUUGUGCAGCCGUUGUACGCGUACUCUCUGGGAAGUAUGGUGUCUACAUUCUUCGAGACGGACCAUGACAAGAUGCGUGUGAGCAUCCGGAAUUUCUCGCUCAUAUUUUCGGCACUUGGAGUGGGGUGCCUGUUUACGAAUGUCACGCGGGAUUAUAAUUUUGCAAGCAUGGGCGAGAGGUUGACGAAGCGCGUGCGAGAGCUCAUGCUGACCAAGGUGCUAACCUUCGAGGUGGCGUGGUUUGACGAAGAGGAACAUUCAAGCAGCGCUGUGUGCUCCCAGCUCGCCUCGGACGCGACUGUGGUGCGAUCCUUGGUGGGAGAUCGGUUGUCAUUGUUGGUGCAAACAGGCGCGGCAAUAUUGUUAGCCUGCAUUUUGGGCCUCGUGACGGCGGGGUUGUUUGCCCUCGUCAUGAUCCUCACGCAACCCAUCUGCAUCCUAUGCUUCUACGGCAAGAAGGUGCUGCUCAAGAAGAUGAGCGAAGGCAACUUGAAAUCGCAGGGUCAGUCCAUGCAGGUGGCCAGUGAGGCAGUCGCCAACCACCGAACCAUCACGGCGUUCUCAUCGCAGAAUGUAGUGUUGAAGAGCUUUAGCUCAACGCAAACUGUUCUUCAGAGGGGAGCUCUGCGCAGAGCGCUGAUAGCGGGUGUAGGCUUGGGGCUUGCGCAGUUUGCCAUGCUGGCCACAUGGGCCUUCUUCUUCUGGUUUGGCGCGCGCUUGAUCAACCAACACAAGUUGAGUUUCGCCGGCAUGUUCAAGGUGUUGUUCGUCCUCAUCAGCACAGGGCGCAUGAUCGCCGAAGCCGGAAGUGCAACCUCGGAUUUGGCCAAGGGCUCACAAUCUGCCGCUACCAUCUUCGGCAUCCUGGACCGGAAAAGCCGCAUCUUGGCUCAGGAAGGGAGCCUUGAGAAAGUGGAGGGCCAUAUUGAGCUCAAAGACGUGCACUUCGCAUACCCUAUGCGCCCUGACGUGAAGGUCUUCCGAGGCUUCUCCCUGAAGGUCCAAGCAGGCCACAGCAUCGCUCUGGUGGGGCAGUCGGGAUCAGGGAAAUCCACCAUCAUAAGCCUCAUCGAGCGCUUCUACGACCCUCUCAAGGGCGCCGUAUACAUCGACUUCCGCGACAUAAAAACAUUCCCUCUCAAAACUCUCCGCCGGUACAUUGGCCUCGUGGGCCAGGAACCCACACUCUUCGCUGGUACCAUCCGCGACAACAUCCUGUAUGGGAAGGAAGACGCAACGGAAGCCGAAGUGAUAGAAGCAGCCAAAUCCGCCAACGCGCACUCGUUCAUCAGCGGGUUGUCGAAUGGGUACGACACGAACACAGGCGAGAGGGGCCUGCAAUUGUCAGGAGGGCAGAAGCAGCGCAUUGCCAUCGCCAGAGCCAUUCUGAAGAACCCAGCAAUUCUGCUGCUGGAUGAAGCCACCAGUGCUCUGGACUCGCAGUCGGAGAAAGUGGUGCAAGACGCGCUGGACCGCAUCAUGGUGGGGCGAAGCACCAUCGUGGUGGCGCAUCGCUUGUCCACCAUCCAGAACGCCCACUCCAUCGCAGUCAUCUCCGAGGGCACCAUCUGCGAGCAAGGUUGGCACCAUGAGCUCCUGGCCAAGCGCGGCGCUUACUUCGAGCUGGUCAAGCUGCAAAAUCACUCCCCGAGCUCGUGAUUUCAUAUUGCGGUGACCUCCACUCGCCGCAACAAUUCAUUGCGCAUUGUGGUGAACAAGUGCAUUGUACUGCUACUGCAUUCACAAGGAUUUUGUUAGUGUGAGAGUAUUAUUUACUUCAUGGCUCCCUUUGUCCUCCUCCUUUAUUUCCUCGCUUUCUAUUCUAGUUUCAGCUCAUGGCAUGCAGCAAAAAGAUUGUACCAAGCAUCCCAUUUGUAACAAUACUUUGAGUGCAUUUUGGUCCAAUUUAUUUUUGUAAAGUUUCUUGUA